AGACUGUACAAAUGUAUCUGCACUCAACGAUGUGAAACAUGAUGGAUGAUUAUGCAGAAAUCGCUGUUGUUGGCAUUGGAUGCCAUUUUCCUGGAGGCGAGGGACUUGAAAACUUUUGGAGAGUCCUCCUUCAUGGAGAGAACUGUACUGUUCAGAUACCAAAUGACAGGUUUAAUCUCUCUCAUUGGUACGAUCCAGAUGAGAGUAAAGUAGGAAAGACAAACACAGCAAAGGCAGCACUCAUCGAAGGCUUGAAUGAGUUUGACCACAAGUUCUUCGGCAUCACUGAUGCGGAAUCGAGCAACAUGGACCCUCAACACAAACUUCUGCUGCAGUGCAGCUACAGAGCACUAGAGGAUGCUGGAAUACCAAUGGAAAAAGCCAGUGGAACAAGAACAGGAGUUUUUUUGGGCCUAAUGAACAGAGACUUUGAGCUGGCAAAUGUGAGGUAUAAUCCAAAACACAUAGACCACACCCAUGGCACUGGUAUCGCAAUGAGCAUUGCCGCCAACCGCAUUUCAUACAUAUUCAACUUCACUGGCCCCUCGCUGUCCAUCGACUGUGCUUGCUCCUCAUCUCUCGUCGCUCUUCACUUAGCUUGUCAAGCUAUUAAACAAGGUGACUGUGAAAUGGCCUUGUGUGGUGGUGUGACCUGUAUAUUGGAACCAACCAUUUUUGUGGCUCUCUCCAAGGCAAAAAUGAUCUCCUCUGAUGGAAUAAGUAAACCUUUCAGCAAUAAAGCAGAUGGAUAUGGUAGAGGUGAAGGAUGUGGGCUCGUGUUGCUAAAGCCUUUGAAAAAAGCUCUCGAAGACCAUGAUCAUAUUUGGGGUAUCAUCAGCAAAACUGCAGUAAAUCAAGAUGGCCACAGUGUUAGUCCAAUUACCAAACCAUCCAUGGCACAGCAGGAGGACCUGCUUAGAAAAAUCUACUCAACAGAGACUGACCUGACUAGUGUCCAGUACAUUGAGGCGCAUGGGACUGGAACUCCAGUUGGAGAUCCAAUAGAGGCAGGUAGCAUCUCAAAAGUCAUUGCCAAAGCACGACCUCAGUUGUCAGGGCCACUCAUCAUUGGUUCUGUUAAGAGCAAUAUUGGACACACAGAAUCUGUUGCAGGGGUUGCAGGGCUCAUAAAGGUUCUUUUGAUGAUGCAGCAUGAAACCAUUGUGCCAUCAUUGUUCUACUCUUUGGAAAACUCUAACAUAGAUGUCAAAUCUCUAAAUAUGAAAAUCCCCACUACAGCUGAAAAAUGGGUCAGUGACUGCAGAGCAGGGAGGUCUGCAGGAAUUAACAACUUUGGGUUUGGUGGAACAAAUGCACAUGUGCAUGUCAGACAAUAUGUGCAGUCAAAAAAGCCAAAAGCUCAGCUGACAAGCAAAUCCCAUCAGUACUUUGUGGUCUCUGCAACCUCUGAAAAAUCCAUAAAAAAUAUAAUUGAAGAUACGGCAAAACAGAUAAGUGCAGGAAAAAUAUCAGAUCUACAGUCUUUACUGUACACAUCUGCAUGUAGAAGAAGUCAUUUGAAACACAAAUACAGAAAAGUAUUUCAAACAUCGUCGUUGGCAGAUCUGCAAGAGAAACUUACUUCUGCCGUGGAGAAAAAGGUUGUACCAUCAAAGACGACCUCCAAGCUAGUUUUUGUGUUUUGUGGCAAUGGUGUUACAUAUCAGGGUAUGUGCAAACAGCUGCUUAAACAAGAGCCAGUUUUUAAAGAAGAAAUCAUGAAGAUUGAAAGGCUGUUGCAAAGCUACAGAUGUUUGAAUCUGACAGAGAUGCUAAAAAGUGAAAGUACAGAGCUGUCUGAUCCAAAGAUUGCCCAGCCUCUUCUGUUUUCUAUUCAGGUUGCUGUUGUCAAACUUCUGAAGCACUGGGGCAUCAAUCCUGAUGCUGUUUUGGGUCACUCUAUUGGAGAGGUUGCUGCAGCUCACUGUUCUGGUUUGUUGUCACUCGACGAUGCAGUGAAAGUCAUACACUAUCGCAGUUUUUUGCAAGGCACUGUGACAGGAGGGAAGAUGCUGGUAGUCAGUAAUAUGGCCGUUACUGAAAUCUUGAAAAUGCUUCCAUCUUAUUCAGGAAGGAUUUGUCUGGCUGCUUUUAACAGUCCACAGUCAUGCACACUCUCAGGAGAUGCAGAUGUCAUUGAUAGGUUCCAUCAGAAACUGAGCAACUCAGCAAGUGGAAAAGAUUUGUUCCUUCGCAUUUUGGAUGUACCUGCAGCAUACCACAGUUACAAGAUGGAUCCCAUUAUAUCUAAAGUGAAAGAGAGUAUAGGUUCUUUACAAGCAUGUGAUUUGGAGACAGAAUUGUUCUCAACAGUGACAGGUGUUAGUUUGUGUUCUUCAGAUUUUAUUACCGGUGAAUAUUGGGCAAGAAAUAUCAGAGAGCCAGUUCAAUUUGAACAAGCUGUGAAAUCUGUAGCUAAAAACAAAAAGAGUGUGGUAUUUGUUGAAAUUGGCCCAAGGAGAUCUCUGCAGAGGUACAUCACUGAGACGCUGGGGAAAGACUUUGCUGUGCUUUCCUCAGUACAACCUGAUAAAGAUCAUGAGACAAUGCUUGCAGUUGUUUGCAAACUGUUUGAGCUUGGGGUCAAAGUGGACUGGGAAAUGUUCUACAAAGGUUUUGAGUCUGAACCAAUUCCCUACCCUCGCUACCAAUUUGAUGAUGUGAAGAGAGAUGUAUUCGAUUCUCGUUUGCAGUUGAUUGGUCCAACUGGCAACCAUCCAGUAGUUACACAAAUGAGUGAAGACAGUUCAGUGUUCACCUGUGAUUUAUCCUCUGAAUCAGUGGCCUUCUUGCAAGACCACAAGCACAGUGGGGUUGCCAUAAUUCCUGGGGCAUUUUACACAGAGUUGGGUUUAGCAAGUUUCAUGGCAUAUGCAAAACCUAAGGUUCCACUAAGUUCUCUGCAGCUUAGCAUAACAUUCCAGAGUCCAUACAUUUUUACCCGGAAUGCGCCAGAUAUAAAAGUACAUCUGGAUCCAGACCAUUUGGAAGAUAAUACAUGUAACUUCAAAAUACAGUCUAUUUCAGCACUUUAUGCAUUCGGCACAAUAGAAGCAAACCCGGAAAGAAUGCCUGAAGAGCAGCUCAUUUCACUAGACUCUAUUUACAAAAGAUGCAUGUUCCACAUGACUACUGAAGAACUCUACAAGCAGCUAAGUCAAACAGGAUUUGAGUAUGGGUCUGUCUUCAUAAAUAAGGCAGAUGUUUAUUGUGGGGAAGCAUUUAGAGAAGCUAUAUCUGUUUUGAAGGUCCCAAAGGAAUUACUGCCUCAAUUACAUGACUAUCAUCUUCACCCUGUGGUCUUGGAUUACGUUAUGCAACUUGUUCCUGUAACUAUAGGGCAUGACCUAUCAGCAAGACCCCAAUUUCCUGCAAAAAUUGGAAGUCUGACUGUAUUUGAACCAUUGGAAGAGGAGAUGAUUGUAUAUCUGAGAGCAAUGCAUGUGGCAGAAGAUGGUUUUGACAUAUGUGGCUGCUUAGCGAGCAAACAGGGUAGAGUGCUGGUUGAACUUAUUCAUGUGACGAUCAGAAUGCUAGGAAGUCGUUCCCAAGUAGUCAAUGAGUAUUUCUUCCAUAACAGCUUUAGUAUGACAUCUGAAGUGGUCACAUAUGAUACACCAAUUAAGGCACUGAUUUUUUCUGACCAGGUAGGAAUUUCUAAAGCUUUGCAACAGUACUUGGACUCAACAUCUAGAUAUGUGCCUUCUUCAUACAUUAACACACUGCUAGAAGGUGGAGUUGAGCUUAUUUUGUCAAAACUGAACAUUUCAAGUGUGAAGAAAAGCUUCCAGGAAAUUUUGUUUAUGUGGGGUGAUACAGACCUAUCAACCCUUGAAUCUGAGAAGGUCUUGAAUAGCAUGGCAGUUUGUUGUGAGAUUUUCAGAAAGAUUGUUGAAUAUCUCAGAGCACUUAAUUUCCGAGGUGAUAUCAGAGUAAUAACUUAUAGGACCUCCGAGAGCAUAGUGGACUACAUAAAUCCUGGGUUUGUUCUGUUAGGCAUGACAAGAGCAUGUGCAGCUGAGUUGCCAGAACUUUCAUUUCAGCUGAUCGACAUUGGCUCUGGCACUUUUGAAGACAUCAAAGCUUUGGUUCAGGUUCUCAGAUCGUACCCCUGUGACAAAUAUCCAGAGCUAUUGGUGAAGGAAGGCAAAAUUCUUAAACCUGAAAUCACCCACACACCUAUGCCAACCAUCUCUUCAAGAAGUGUCCACAUGUUGCCUGAUGAAGAAGUUUUUACCUUGCAAACAUCUGACCCAUAUGUAAUGACAAAUCUGUCAGUGACUCAAAUGGAUAAUUCUAUUGAACUCAAUCAAGGGAAAAAUAUUGAGCUUCGCCUCAGUAAAAUCUGUGUUCAUUCAUCAGAUUACUUUCCAGUCAGUAUUUCUGACCUGACUUAUGGUCAGACAUUGUAUUGGAACAAGCACACUACUGAAAACCAUAAGCUCUUAGCCCUUGACUUCAGCGGCACUGUUACAGCUGUCGGUAAAGAUGUCAGUAGAUUUAAAGUCGGUGAUCAUGUUGUGUCUUGCUACCCUGUGGCUGCCACCUCUAAAGUAGUUCUCCCAGCAGCCGUUUGCUGCAAAGCAAAAAAGCUUUUAUUCCUGAAUGGCACCCCUUGCAUCUCCUAUAUGGUACUGGCUUGGCAGAUCUUGCACAAGGCUUUACCCAAGGCUAAACCGCAAAAGAAACUGGGUAUUUUCUCAACUGUUCCUGACUCAGCUUUAAUGAAUGUGUUAAUUUCCAUUGCAAAUAGAUUAGGCUGGAACGUCAAAGUGAGCAUGCAGGCUGAUCAGCUGUCUUGUGACUUUAGUGAAGCUGUGGGAGCUGUUCUUCUACCUCCUUAUACGCUAAAAAUAAUUGAAAUGGCCAGCAGCAUUAGAGGCAUUAAUGACAUUGUUCUUGUCUUUGAAAAUCAGACAGAAUUUCCAUUUAAUGCUACGAAAUUCAGAGGUACAAAUGAGGAGGUCCGCUUCCAUACCCUCCCCAUGUCCCAAAUAAUUCAAAAAGGAUUACUGAAAAUGCAAAUGCCACACAUCUACCGUUGGCUAAAAUCCAUGCAUUUGGACAAAAAGGCUUUGUCUUUGGACACAACAGCUGUUGUAAAAUCUCAAGACAUUGAUCUUAUUUCUGUAAAAGAAUCUGAAUCAUACUUCACAUGCCAGAUCCUACCCAUUAUCGUCCUGAAUAGUGAUGCCAAGAACCAGCUGUCUGACAUACCCGUGAUGCUUAAACCAUGUCUGUUCCAGAAAAAUUCAGUCUAUAUUGUUACAGGUGGUUUAACAGGGUUGGGAUUUGAGACAGUAAAGUUCAUCGCUCAGAAAGGAGGAGGGAAAAUUGUCAUUUUGUCUAGGAGUAAUCCAAACCCUCAGACGCAACAAGAAAUAUGUCAGGUCAGUAGCCGCUGGGGUUCUACCAUUAAGUCUCUGCCAUGUGAUGUUUCUGUUUCUGAGCAAGUGCACCAGACGAUUGCUAAUAUUGAAAAGCAUUUUCCAUCCAGUCCCAUCAAAGGGGUGUUUCACAGUGCAGUCGUUCUGCAUGAUGGGCUAAUUGAACAUCUUGACAAAUCUCUUUAUGAGAAAGUUAUGAGGCCAAAAGUAAAUGGAGUGAUUAACCUUCACCGUGCUACCAUUCAAUGCAAUCUGGAUUAUUUUGUGUGCUAUUCCUCCAUCUCUGCCUUCAUUGGCAAUGCCUCACAAACGAAUUAUGCUGCAGCUAAUACAUUCAUGGACACUUUCUGUCAGUACCGGAGGAACACUGGGCUUUCUGGACAGUCAAUUAAUUGGGGAGCUUUGAAUCUUGGUCUUCUGUUCAACAAAGUCCAUUUCCAACGAUUUCUGGAGGCAAAGGGAAUCAUGCUUUUGGAGAUUCCAGAAAUCCAUGAAAGUCUUGAGCAGUGCCUCUUGAUCAACAAACCUCAACAGGUCAUUUGCAAAUUCAAUUUGAAAAAUAACUGGAAUAACAUAUUCAGUCAGAACAAAUCACUAAGAAUGCGGUUGUUCAAAAUCGGAGAGGAAGCAAUGAUUAAAACUGGAGCGAACAUGUCUAGACCCGAGCAACCCAUGACAUCAUCCUCACCACGUGAUUAUGUGAAGUUCUUGAUUGGUGAAACAACUGGUGUUGAGGUGGAUGAGCUGAAUGAUGAUGUUCACCUUUUUGAUUUAGGCAUAGACUCAAUGUUAGCCAUGACUCUGCAGAAUCUUAUUUUCUGUGAAAGAGGUGUGAAUGUCCCUCUAGUGACUCUGCUGGAUCCAAACAACACACUGUCAACGCUCAUCAAAAUGCUGGAGGAAAACUGUGAAGAUGAAUAUCAGAGUGAAGAUGAGAGCAACUCCACAUACCUGUAAUAGCAAUUUUUAUUUCUCCAAAGCAGACUUUAUCAGACAAUCAUGACAUUUUGAUGUAAAAUGGGUGUGCAGUACCAUAGUACUUAAUUAAACAAUGCAAUGAACUUAAGUUCAAGUUCAUUCCACUACGGAUAAACUAUCUUGAUUCUAGCAUCAUCUGUGUUAAAACCACAUAUAACUGCAAUAACCAACUGAGGUUUUUCAGGUAUUGUGUAUAAUUGUUUUUAUUUAGGUUUUGUCACACUAGGUUUAAACACAUACUAAACAUACAUUCCACAUUUGUUUUCCUUGUCUAUUUUAAUGCACUUUAAACCAAAGUUGUAUGAUUGAAAAUUUUUAUUUCAUAAGUGUGUAAGUUCAUAAUUGGUAUAUGUAGUUCAUAAUUGGUAACAGCAAAGAAUGAACAAAGUCCUCAAAAGUCCUUGUAAAUAUGAAAUAAUUCACAAUAAUAUCAGGAAUUAUUUAAAAGAUGAAUUAUGAAUGAUGUUUAAAAUAAUGUCUACAAUGACAACUGUAAACAGUUAAGAUAUGUUCAUGAAUUAUUCAUCGCUUGUACUUAAGGUGUAGACUAAGACUUUCUGUAGUAAAUGCUAGUACUGUACCAUGAUGAUCUUUUUCCAAGCAAAUGUGGAAUCAAUAGAGUAAAAAAAUAUAUAUUAUAAUUUAUCAAUAAACCUACAAAGAGAGUAAAGAAUGAUUUGCUGUUAUGACUGGGAAUCAGAUGUGACUGUAAUCAGUGGUGUAGUCGUGCCUUGAGAAGUGGGCAUACCUGUGUAUAUCCACCACUACACCACUGACUGUAAUGAUAUCUUUGGGCACAUAG